CUCCCUCCGAGUCCUAUCAUAUCCUUAAGGCUUUCUCUGGAUAUCUUAGUGGUGAAUGUCAUUGAAUAUAUUGAGUAUAAAAAGUAUAAAAAACCUCUGAAUUCAAUCACUUUUGUUGAAAUUUGUUGCAAAUAUGAGGCUAUUGUAUACAUUACUCGCUAUUUGUGUGUUUGUGGUGUCGAUAGUCAGCGGUCAGUGGCUCUACGGUAGAGGUGGUUAUGGCCGGGGAUAUGGUGGUGGAUAUGGUGGUUAUGGUGGCCGAUCGGGUAUGGGAUUCAGUGGAAAUGGUGGCAUUGGCAUUCGUCAAUCGGGUGCUACUCUGGGAAACUUGGGAGGAAUAGGAGGUUAUUACGGA